AUGUCAUACUCAGACUACUCGGAUGAUGAUGCAGAUGAGAGAUGCAACACAUCAACUUCCCGUUCUCACACAGAGUUGAAAGAAAAGACUGACAUUUUAGACCGUUAUGCUGACAAAAUCAACCUUGAUGUACAUACAACUCAUAGGAUCACAAAAGACAAAGCUUUGCGUGCUACCGUAGAUCAAGUGUUAGAUCCCAGAACUUUGGGGUUUCUGGGAAAGAUUUUUAAUAAUGGGACUCUUUCUCGAAUUAAUGGUUGUGUCUCUACUGGUAAAGAAGCCAACAUCUAUUAUGGGCUAAACGAGUCCACAGCAGAAGAAUUUGCCGUCAAGAUUUACAAAACAUCCAUAUUGGUUUUUAAGGACAGAACGAGAUAUGUUGUGGGGGAGCAUAGGUUUGGUGAAAAACAGUCUAAAAAUCCAAGACAAAUGGUUAGAAACUGGGCGGAAAAAGAAUAUAGAAACUUGAAGAGAUUGUAUUCUGAACCUUUGAUUCAUUCUCCAAAGCCAAUAGACUUAAAGGAAAAUAUUCUUGUUAUGGAAUAUCUCACUCGUGGAAAUGGCAAUCCAUCUCCGAAGUUGAGAGAUUACAAUUUCAAGGAUUUGGAGAGUGUGAUUAAUUACUAUCAUGAAAUGUUGAUUUUGAUGAGAGUCCUUUAUCAAAAUUGCAGAUUGGUUCAUGCUGAUUUAAGUGAAUAUAAUACCAUUGUCCACGAAGAAAACCUAUACGUUUUUGAUGUGUCGCAAUCUGUUGAACCAGAUCACCCAAUGUCAAUAGAUUUCUUGAGGAUGGAUAUUAAGAAUGUUAAUGAUUUCUUCAGUAGAAUAAAAAAGAUCAAUGUUUAUGCUGAACGUGAUAUUUUCAAAUUUGUCAUAACGCCAUCCAAUAUUUUAUUUAACAAUGCUGAUGAUCUCAAAGAGCUCGAUCAGGAAGGUACGAAAAACUUCUUGCUUAAUUACCUAAACACGCUAAAUUUGAAAUCUUCUGAUGACGACGAAUUUAAUGAUGAAGUGUUUAGAAGCCUUCAUUUAGUAAGCAGCUUGCACAAUAUAGAUGAAAGAGAUUUUUCAAAAUUCAGCAAUGGUGAUAUGGAUACACUCGUUGAUUUGGUAGGGAGCUUAAAAAUUAAAGAUAAAGAUGUUGUAAAAAGAGAGUCGAAUAACACUGUUUCGGGGGAAGAACAAGUUGAUGACUACUCGGAUGUUGAUUCCGAAAUUGGAAAAUGUGAUUUUUCUGAUGAUGAACAGCCUCAGUCAAAUUUAAAGCGUUUUCAGGACAAAGAAGAAAAAAAAAUGCACAAGCAGCAAUUUGGCUUUGAAGUUGCAUUUUUAUACGAUUAA